GGCGUGAGCACCGGGAAGCGCGCUGCCUGCAUGCGCGCAGCGCCAGUCCCGGGCGGCCGCGGCGGCAGCGCCGGAGCCGGAGGCAGCUGCACUCGGAGAAGAGCGCGGAGCCCGGAGGCGCCCCGGGUCUCCGCCGGACCAUUGUGAGUGUCCGGCGCCCGCGUGCGCGGCGGAGGAGAGUACUGGACUCUUUAGAAUCUCCUGGCUCUGGGAGCGGAGCGACUCUUGGUAUUUUCGAACUCAACUCGUGGAUUGGAUCGGCUUCGCUCCGAACGCGGACGGCGACUUGUGGGACCACAGCCCUGGCCUCGGCCACCGCGCACGCCCCAGGAAGCCUCGGCGGGGUAGGGGCGUGGGCUGACCGCGGGGGACUCCGUGUGCGCCGCGCGCGGGCCAAGGGCUGAUUGGAGGGGGUCACCGGAGAACCAAUUUGGGAUCUGUUGUGAACAGCAUGGAGGAGAAUGACCCCAAGCCCAGCGAGGCGGCGGCGGCAGCAGCGGCGGCGGCGGCGGCGGCGGAGGGGCCGCGGCAGCCGGAAUCCAGCCCCAGCGGCGGAUCCAGCGACGCGGACACUGGCCGCCGGCGGAAUCUGAUGCUGCCCGCGGUUCUGCAGGCGCCGGGCAACCACCAACACCCGCAUCGCAUCACCAACUUCUUCAUCGACAACAUCCUGCGGCCCGAGUUCGGCCGGAGAAAGGGCGGGACCUGCUGUGCGGGCGCGGGAGGAGGAAGAGUUGGCAGCGGCGAAGGAGGCGCGGGCGGUGCGGACGGAGGCGGCGGCUCCGGCUGUGCGGACCAGCUCCUGGGGUCCGGCCGGGAGCCCCGGCAGAGCGCGCCCUGUGCUCCGAGUGCGGGCGGGCCGCUGCCCGGCGGCGGCGGCGACUCUCCGGGCGAAGGAGAAGGCGGCUCCAAGGCGCUCUCGCUGCACAGCGGCGCCAAGAAAGGCAACGACCCCGGCGGCCCCCUGGACGGGGCGCUCAAGGCCCGCAGCUUGGGCAGCGGCGACCUGUCGUUGAGCUCGGAUUCGGACAGCUCGCAGGCCAGCGCCAAUCUGGGCGCGCAGCCCAUGCUCUGGCCGGCCUGGGUCUACUGCACGCGCUACUCGGAUCGGCCUUCCUCAGGCCCCCGGUCCCGCAAACCAAAGAAGAAGAACCCCAACAAAGAGGACAAGCGGCCGCGCACGGCCUUCACCGCGGAGCAGCUGCAGAGGCUCAAGGCGGAGUUCCAGACCAACAGGUACCUGACGGAGCAGCGGCGCCAGAGCCUGGCGCAGGAGCUCAGCCUCAACGAGUCGCAGAUCAAGAUCUGGUUCCAGAACAAGCGCGCCAAGAUCAAGAAGGCCACGGGCAACAAGAACACGCUGGCGGUGCACCUCAUGGCGCAGGGCCUGUACAAUCACUCCACCGCCGCCAAGGAGGGCAAGUCGGACAGCGAGUAGGCCGGGCCGCGCGCCGCCCGCUGCCCGCCCGCCCGCGCGCGCGCCAACCAUGCAAUAAUUUAAAGUCACAGAAAAAGGGCCAGUGUAUAAAGAUUAUACCAGCAUUCCUAGUGAAAAGAUCAUGUAUUAGCUAUGGUUCUACAAUAUUCUAUGUGUAUAUAAUUUACAGGUGUAAAAUCCGAAAUAUCUGACUAUAAAAUAUUUUUUAUUUUUUUGUGUUUAUGAGAUUAUGCUAAUUUUAUGAUUUUUUUUUUUUUGCGAAGGGGCUGCUUAGGGUUUCUUUUUUUUUUUCUUUUUUUUUUAAUCCCCUAAGCUCCAUUAUGGGACAUGGAACACUUUUUUUUUUUAAUUUCAAAAGAAGAAAAAAAUUAAAACAACUUGCUGAAGUCCAAAGAUUUUUAUUGCUGCAUUUCACACAACUGUGAACCGAACCCAAUAAAUAGCUCCUACUUGGUCUAUGAGUUCCGCCACUUUGUUUGUGUGGGCUUGGUGAGGUCAGCCAGAGGGGCGCCCACCCCCCAGCCUCCGCCAGGGCAGCACCAGGGCCCCGGCAGGCAGUCGAGGGGCAGUCAGGGCCCUCCUGGAGGAGUGUGGAGGGUGUGGGGGGGGCCUCAGCCACGGAGAGUGGCCGUGCCCCGCUGCCCACGGUGGUCCUCGGCCUCGCCCACUCUGCUCCACCCUCCUCCUGCCUUCCCUCCCUGUCCACCCUCCUCCUCCUCCUCCUCCUCUCCAGGCCCCUGCGUGCUUCCGUCUGUGUCUGUGUCCGUGUCGAGCUGUCCCCUGUCCCUCCGCCGGAAGCCAGCACCGGCCCUCUGGCCUCUGGGCACCAGGGCUUCCGGGCCGCGGAGCCCACGAGCAGAGGGGUGACCCUUGUGGCUCCGGGUCCCGCUCAGGGCCCUCGGCCGCUCCCGCAGCCCCCCAGCCCCCCCUGCCGUGGGUGGAGGCCCGGCACCUUGGGGCAGCAGAGUGCUGUGGGCAGAGUCGGUCUUUUCCUCCUUUCCUUUUUCUUUUCCUUCCCUUCCUUUUUUUUUUUAAGUGGCCGCUUCUGCUACAGAGAGCAUUCCCUCAAGCCACGAGGUGUGUGUGCGCACGUCCCUCCGUCGGCCUGUGCCCACACUGGCAGGCGCACAGGAGCCGCCAGGGCUGGGCGCACGUGGCCGCCUGGACUCUGAAGGGCUCUCCGCGUCCUCCGGGACCCAGCGGAAGGAAGGAAAAUGUGUAAAUAAUCAUUUCUUACCACGUUUUGUCUCUUCUUGUUUUUUAAAAUAUACAUUUUAUUUUUUUGAAGGUGUGGUACAGUGUAAAUUAAAUAUAUCCAAUAUAUCCCCACCAAGUACGUAUAUAUAUAUAUAUAUAUAUAUAUAAACAAACGCAGUGUCUCCCUAUAGAACUCCACGCUGUCUCCUGUUUAGUGUUCGGAAAAAGAAUCUCGUCCAAGUGUCCACCUGCAGCCGGGACAGCCGGGGCGUGCCCGGGGCCCAGGCGGGAGUCGCGGCCGGCACCCCCGCCACCACGGACUGAGGGCGAACUUCUCUCUUUGCCUUAAACCUCUCGAUUCCACUGCGGCAACGGGCUCGCUCCGUACAGACUGCCGGCGCCAACCUUUGUCGAA